GGACGAGUCACAAAACAAUGUAUUACUUCAGGCUUCAAGCAGGUUACAUUUCCGUGCGAAGCGUCAAUACAUUUUGUGCAGAUUUACAUUUACAGUUUGACAUUCAGCUUGUUUGCUUGCUUAGCGUUAUUUAACGUCAUUUAUAGGUAGAUAUUCAGACUAAACUGUUUACUGGAACAGAUUCAAAGUAGCUACAAUGAUCUUGAAGUUUUCUCGACCUGCGUUGUUUAUUAAUUUGUUGAUGAAAACCGGCCAACUUGACACAUGUUUUCUUGGCGCAGGAACGCGACCCUGGAGCUCAGGAAGCACUUCUCAACACCCUACAGCAGGUCAGACAGUGGUUAUUGAAAAGCAUGGUCCAGUGCUUACUGUAGGUAUUAACAGGCCAGAGGUGCGUAAUGCAGUGAACCAGGAGACGUCUCGGUGGUUAUUUGAAGAGUUAUCCGCCUUCAACUGCGAUGAUAAAUUGAGUGUAGCUGUGCUGCAUGGAAUAGGAGGGAAUUUUUGUGCUGGUUAUGACCUUAAAGAACUUUCAAAAGACUCAGUAAACCUCACAUUAGAGCAAAAUGUUACCAAAGGACCUGCUCCAAUGGGUCCCUCUCGCUUAAGGCUGUCAAAGCCACUGAUUGCGGCAGUGAGUGGUUAUGCUGUAGCAGGGGGGUUGGAAUUGUCCCUGCUGGCUGAUCUCAGGGUCGUGGAAGCCAGUGCCAUUAUGGGAGUUUUCUGCCGAAGAUUUGGUGUGCCACUGAUUGAUGGAGGCACUGUGCGGCUCCCAAGGCUAAUUGGCUUGUCUCGAGCUUUAGACCUCAUUUUGACUGGAAGACCUGUAGGAUCUCAGGAGGCACUGGCAUUUGGACUAGCAAACAGAGUGGUGCCAGAUGGACAAGCACUAAAGGUAUCUAUUGAGCUUGCUGAGCAGAUAAGCUCCUUUCCUCAGCUCUGUCUCCGUGCUGACCGCAACUCUGCCUAUCAUGCAACUUUUGACACCACCUCAUUCACCCAGGCCAUGCAGUAUGAGACCGACAAUGGCCUACCGAUAAUCACAGUUGAAGCAGUCCCUGGGGCAACCAAGUUCAGCUCUGGCACUGGGAGAGGUGGAAAAUUCUCUUGAAAGAUGUUAAAUGUGGUUUUGUCCUACAAUAAUAAUGAACAAUUAUUUACUACUGUUUUUAGUAUUUUAUAUGCAAAAAAGAUUGAGAAAAGAUUUAUCUUUAUAUAAAGUUAUAUAAAAAUAAUUUUGACAAAAGUUGAACAGCACAUAUUUUGUUUGUGGUUCUCUUUCAUUGAACAGCCAAAAUGUGUGGUUCCUAGAAAACAUCUAAUAGUUAUUGGGAAAGAACCUUUGACAUUGCAGCUGAAACAAAAACAUGCAUCUGUUAUUUUUGUUCUCCUUUUUAUUGUAUUAUUUAAUAAUAAUAUGCUUAUUGAACACCAUUUGAAAGCGGACAGGUUAAAUUGUCCUCUCCAGUGCAACUGUUAAAACACUAAUUGAGGGAUUUCUUUUUUUUAAUGUUGUUUUAUCCUACUUCUACAGUUGGAGACUGAAUGUAUUUAUAACAAUGCAUGAAUAAGAAAUAGAAUCCACACUCAAUGGACAA